GCUGAACCAAGCUGCCAGGAGCUCCAGUAACAGCUCUGGUGCUGUCGCUGGCCCUGGGGCAUCUUCUGCUGCCAACAAACUGGAGAUCUUGAAGGAAGAGGAGGAAGAGGUGAAGAGGAAGGUGGAGCAGUGCAAGGAUGAGUACAUGGCUGACCUCUACCACUUCUCCACCAAAGAGGACAGCUACGCCAGCUACUUCAUCAGACUGCUGGAAAUCCAAGCCCAGUACCACCGGCAGUCCCUGGGAUCGCUGGACUCGGCUCUGGCAGAGCUGAAGGAAAGCCACAGCCAGACAGAGCCCUCCUUCACUGCAGUCACCCCGGUGGCAGGGUACUACGGUGUGCCCCUAGAGAUGCACCUCAAGAGCUUGGGCCGGGAGAUCGCGCUGCCCAUCGAAGCCUGUGUCAUGAUGCUGCUGGCCUCCGGCAUGAGGGAAGAGGGACUCUUCCGGCUGGCAGCGGGUGCCUCGGUGCUGAAGAAGCUGAAGAGCAGUUUAGCCAGCGGCUCCAACGCCCUGGAGGAGUUUUACUCAGACCCCCAUGCCGUGGCCGGUGCGCUGAAAUCCUACCUGCGGGAGCUGCCCCAGCCUUUGAUGACCUUCGAGCUCUACAAUGAAUGGGUCAAAGUGGCCAGUUUAAAGGAUGUUGAUGAACGCAUACAGAGCCUGCAAGACACCUGCAGCCGCCUGCCCCAGGAGAGCUACAACAAUCUGAGGUAUCUGAUCAAGUUUUUAGCCAAGCUGGCCGAACACCAGGACUUGAAUAAAAUGACCCCCAGCAACAUCGCCAUCGUGCUGGGCCCCAACCUGCUGUGGACACAGCAGAGCACAGCAGACCCUGUGCAGCUGGACUUGGCCUCGGUCUCCUCCAUCCAGGUGGUGGGUGUGGUGGAAGCCCUCAUCCAGAACGCGGACACACUCUUCCCUGGAGAAGUAGAUUUCAACGUCACAGGCAUGUUCACACCUCCCGCAAAUAGCGGACUUGGCAAGGCCGCCUCGGUGGAAGAGCCACCCCCCAAGUCCCCUCUGGCCGGCACCCCCACUCUCACGGAUGGAGAGGCCACCUCGAGGGACCCUGAGGCCAGAUGCCAGCCAACAUCCCCAGCGGUGACCCGACCGCCUCCUGAAGCCACAGGGCCACCAGCUCCGCAGACAACUGACAACACCACCCACAAAG